AUGUCGACAGCUUCUAGCCAGUCCCGAGGAGUCAACCGGCGGAUCAACAGCAUCCAGAAUGAGGGUCGCCAUUCCCGCAACUCCUCCGUCUCGCGCCGCCGGCCUCUCAGCGCCAGCGUCACCAGCAGCCAUGCUCUCCGUGUAGCCUAUCUGGCCUAUCUCCUCCACCCUCGUUCGCGUCGCAUCCAGAAUGCUCCCGCCGCCCCGUCACGACCGAAGCGAUCCUCGACCUCAAUCCAUGAUUUGAUGAGCGACUUUUCCCUUAUCAGGGAUUCGAAAAGCACCAGGAUCCCCCAUGGGUUCGUGGCCGAGCUGGAGAAGCGGUUGACAGGGGUCUUGAUGGGCAAGGAAAAGAGAAAGGAAUACCAGGACCAUCUGGUCGUGCGCACAUUCGCGGCCUUUCUCAACAGCUUGAAGGAAGACUCCUUUCGUAAGCGCAUGGAGAAGGACCGCCGCGCGGAAGAUCUCGUUCUAAUCUUCUACUCGAACGCCAUCAAGGAACUGAGCAAGGGCAAGGAACACGACGAUGAUAGCUGGAAGCUCAUGGUGGAUCGACACGUUGCGCUCUUUGUUCGCCUCCUUGCGCUCAUCCUGAAAAGCCACGACUGGGCGAAGGACCGACCAGAGCUGGCCAAUCGGUUGUCUGUUUUGGAAAACAAACUGCUCCUGCAGGACCAAGAUCUGAUGGAAGGCAAUGGCGCGACGACUACAGAGGCGGUUGCCCCUCUCAGCUACGAUGUCAAGGACAUGCCGCUGGUGCAGCAUGUUGCCAAAAUCUUUGGAAUGACAUCUAGUCAAGCGCAGUUGGAAAUUGACAAGCACAAGACGACCUGGACCGAGAAAGCAGCGCUACAAGAUCUCAAGACCUAUCAAACGCACCUCAACCUCCAAACUCACAAGACACUUUCGCGAGAUGACUUUGAGACGGAUGAUGCCUUCGAAGUAUGGAAGAAGUGUGAAGGCCCUGAUCUCUCGCAGAUGAUGCUUGCAAUUGUACAGUCCAACCCCGAGUUAGCAAAGAGUACACCCGGGGCCUUGCCCGCGAUCAGUCCCGCCGCGGAUGAUGACCUGUCGAGAACAUCUUCUGGCCGCAUGUCUCAUGGCUUCGACUCUCCCGUCGACCUGUCCUCGCUUUCGUUGGGCGUAACAGAUGAUGAUUCGGAGGAGUCAGAUACAUAUACCUUUAUCCCAUCUGACCCUCGUAGCGUGUAUCGGCACAUUCUCUCCCAGGCCCUGAGUCAUGACCUGCGGGAUCGAGAACUGGAGGCCAGUCAAGCCUCGUCUGAUGCGCCAUCCAUGAAGUUGCUGUCGAAGCAGUCCACAGAAUUGCUCAAUGAAAUAUGUCUCCGCUGGCGGAUCCCUAAUUUCUCGCGCAUUGUGCUUUUCCUCGAUGUGAUUCAGUCCAAAUUUGUCGAUAAUGAAAUCGACCUCAACACUCUCGAUUCGGCAUUUACCUUUGUGAAAGAAUCGCCCUCCAGUGAACCCCGGUCGAAGCGCAGCAGCAUGGCGGUUUCUUCUGUAUAUGAUCGCCAGAAAUGGACAGUUCAUGAUCUGCAAACGAUGCAGAUUCUCCUCUCUAAGCUCCAUGAAGCCAUGCUUCGCGAGCUGUAUGAUGUGAUGAUGGACUGUUUUGAAACCAAGCCGCGACCUCUUGGCCCUGUGAUGUAUGUUCUCGAGAAUCACAUUCAAAUGGAUCCGAGCUAUACAGAGGACCCGGAGGACAUCGACCGAUUCUCUUCAUAUGUACAGGACGGCCUUGCCCAGAAAGCGACGGAGAAGUACCAAAGUUUGCUUAGCCAGUUGGUUCCAGUUGAUCAGGAGUCUUGGCAGUUUGACAAUGUCAUUCAGCUGGGCGACUCGAUCGCCAAGCUCGCACAGAAGAUACAGAAGCGUUACAGGAAUAACCCUGAGAUUAUGGGUGUCAACCCCUACACAACGCUCUGUCUAAGUGUGCUCCCCAUGUUUGCUGAGGACGCAAACGAGAUGGUCAUCCGGAUCAUCGAUUCUGCCAAGAGUAGGGGAGAGGAAAUUGAUAUUGACGAAGGACUCGAUCUUUACAAGCAGCUUGCUACAGUCCGACGUCUAUUCAUCAAUACAAUUCCUGAUACCCCCUUCCCUUGCCAUGUGGAAGGCUUGCUCGAAGAAUUCGUUUGGAGGUGGCUUCGCUUGACGGACCAAAGUGUCAUGGAAUGGGUCAACCAAGCCAUCAGACAGGAUGCAUUUGGUGUACGCGCUGAGGAGGGUGUCGAAGUGGCCCCUGAAGAAAACCGUCAUAGUGUGUCAGUCAUCGAUAUUUUCCGGUCGUUCAACGAAGUCGUGGAGAACUUGGUACAUAUGGAAUGGGACGACGAUCUCGGAUAUGCCAAGUUCAUGACUGCCCUCUCCAACUCGAUAGGAAAGGGUGUGGCAAAGUACUGUGAAGCGUUGGAGCAGAUGUUUGCCCGGGAGCUGGACCGUCUUACGCCAGAGCAGGAGGCUGCCUUGAACCAGACCACGCAGGAGAAACUCAUGCAAUUUGCCAAGGACACAUGGACGAACAAGGACAAGAUUGAGCCGUUCCAAUUCUUGUCGGAGUCUCUGGUUAAAUUGAACAAUAUCGAGUAUGCUCUCGCUCAACUGGACCGACUCGAGCGUGAAAUCAAUGUUGACGGAUGCGCCGAUGUCAUUGCGAAGAACACCCCUCCCCAGCUGAAGAAGGUCCGCAAGUCUACGACAUAUGUCUUCACUAUCAAGGUCGUAGAGGCCGAAGAUCUGAAAGCAUGCGACAUGAACGGUGGCAGUGAUCCAUAUGUGGUCUUGACCGACGAGUACCAAAAGCGGAUUGCAAAGACGCGUAUUAUUUAUAACAACCUUAACCCGCGCUGGGAGGAUGCAGUGGAUAUCACAACGCAAGGCCCUCUCAACAUCAUCGCCACCAUCUGGGACUGGGACGCAGUCGGUGAUCACGACUAUGUUGGUCGAACGUCAAUCAAGCUUGAUCCGGUCCACUUUAGCGACUUCUUGCCCAGGGAGUACUGGCUGGACUUGGACACUCAAGGACGACUCUUGCUGCGUGUCAGCAUGGAAGGCGAACGUGACGACAUUCAGUUCUACUUUGGCAAAGCUUUCCGAACUCUGAAGCGCACCGAGAGAGACAUGACGCGACGAAUCACGGAGAAGCUCUCUGCCUAUAUCAGCCACUGCUUGUCCCGCCGGACCUUGAAGUCCCUCCUAUCUCGGGGAAUCAGUAUGUCCACUGUUUCCAAUUUCUUGAACCGCAACCGACAACCCGCCCCUACCGGGCCGACUCCCGCUGAUGUGGAAAAUGCGCUGACUCCGCUCUUUAACUAUUUUAACGACAACUUUGCCAUCAUGAACAAGACGCUGACCGAAGAAGCCAUGAGAAUGGUGAUGGCUCGUCUAUGGAAAGAGGUUCUCGCUACUAUUGAGAGCCUGCUUGUCCCACCUCUGUCCGACAAACCCUCUCACCAGAAGCCCCUGACCAUGCAAGAAGUGGACAUCGUUUCACGUUGGCUGCUGUUACUAUUGAACUUCUUCCACGCCAUUGACGAGGACACGGGCGAAGCCAACGGUGUUCCCAUCGACAUAUUGAAAUCUCCCAAGUAUCACGAGAUUCAGAGUCUGAAUUUCUUCUACUUCGAGCCCACGGAGAACCUCAUCCGUACCUCGGAGCGAAUGGCCUCGGCCACCGCGAACCGGCAACAAGCGAAUCGCAACCGUGCCUCGGCGCCCGCACACCUCGGUGCUACGGGUCCCGGUCAUGGUGGAUUGGGAGUGCCGGCCGCUCGACGUGCUAAGAGCAUUAUGUUGUCGCGCAAUCUGGGCACGAUGAAGAAGGUCAAGGAGGAGAAGCGACGCGAAGCACAAGCCGAGCCAAACGACGACAUGAUUUUGCGAAUUCUCCGCAUGCGACCUGAAGCCGCAGGGUAUCUACGGGAUCGGAGUCGACAGCGGGAGAGACUGGCGGCGUUGGCGGCCGCCGAUGCAAUUGUGAAGCAGAGUCUGAUGGCAGGCGUCGGUAGCCGGAUGAGUGGGACGAUCCCCCGGAGGUGA